AUGUCCUCUGAACCCCUCCCUCCUUCAGUCUCCCAGCUUCUCUCUAACCGUUCAAAGGUGUUCAAUCGCUUCUCACUACAACGUCAGAUAGAUUGGCGACACUCUUUGCUACGAGUGCCUAUCUACUGCAGACCGUUUCCAUUCACCUCAUCCCCAUUCCUCCCCGACACGCCUUCAGCCUCAUUCUACAGACUCUACCAACUCUUCGUAGUCGAUUGGACGAUCCAAUUUCGGAACGAGCUGGAAUACUUCUGGAAUCGGGCUUCUUGGGCGCUCGCUGACUUGCCUGACCCUGGGUUGGGAGACGACGGGUUACCCGAGAGUGAAGCCAAAUUGCGCAAGGCAGUUAUGGCUGGCUUGACACGCAUUAUGAAGCUAGCUUACAAUCGUCUAAUAUCCAAAGGCUUGCCGAGAAAUGCACCGGCCGUUGUUAUGGACUGGGAAGAGCUCAAAGCGCGGCCUCGCGUGCUGGAGGAGAUACCAACCUGGGCAAAAGAGAUGGAGAGGCUUGAUCCUGUGGUAGAGCUUCCCAAUGCGAAAGGAGAAUUAUUGGACGUGGACGAGCCGGGCGACGAGGAGUUCGCUGUUUAUGGGAUCAAGGUUGCCACUCCACACUGGGUUUUUGUGUGA